UGUAGUUGCUGUAAGUCAUGGUAAUGCGCGCAGCAGAAGGAGACAAGCGCUUCGAAAGGAGGACAAAUCUAACCAAUAAAGGGUUUUAAAGGGGAAUCUAUCGCUAAGGAUUCUGCCAUUCACUCGAGAUGCGUCUCUCACGGAAACGCUGGACUAUUUGCACAAUAAGCAUCCUGGUGAUCUUCUACAAGACGAAAGAAAUAACUAGAAGUGAAGAACAUCAGGAAGCUCAAGUCACUGGUGAACUCGGCACUUCAAGACUUAUGGUCAAUAGUUCGGAGAAAAGCAGCAGGAGUGGUGUGCCUUCCUUUUUCCAGCACUCGGUCGAAGGAUGGCGGGUCAAUUCGUCACUAGUUCUCAUGAUAAGGAAGGAUGUCCUGCGUUUCCUGGAUGCUGAGAGGGACGUUUCGGUUGUGAAGAGCAGUUUCAAACCAGGCGACACUAUCCACUACGUCCUCGACAGACGCCGGACGCUCAACGUCUCCCACACGCUUCACAGCCUGCUACCGGACGUCUCUCCACUCAAAAACAAGCGCUUCAGAACGUGCGCGGUUGUGGGCAAUUCCGGUGUGCUUCUCAACAGUGGAUGUGGCAAAGAAAUCGACAGCCAUGACUUUGUGAUACGCUGCAACCUGCCUCCGCUGUCCGAGUUCGCCGAGGACGUUGGGCUGCGGUCCGACUUCACCACCAUGAACCCCUCUGUCAUCCAGAGGGCGUAUGGCGGCCUGAAGAACGCCACGGACACGGAGAGGUUUGUCCAGCGCCUGCGGGGGCUCAACGACAGCGUUCUGUGGAUCCCGGCCUUCAUGGUGAAGGGAGGAGAGAGGCACGUGGAGAGUGUCAACGAGCUAAUCGUCAAGAGGAAGCUGAGGGUGAGGACGGCCUACCCGUCACUGAGGCUCAUCCACGUGGUGAGAGGGUACUGGCUGACUAACAAGAUCAAUAUCAAACGGCCCAGCACCGGAUUGUUGAUGUACACUUUGGCCACGCGCUUCUGCGACGAGAUUCACUUGUAUGGAUUCUGGCCCUUUCCGCGGGACGCAAAUGGAAAUAUGGUGAAGUACCAUUACUACGACAUGCUCAAGUAUCGAUACUUCUCCAACGCAAGCCCUCACAGGAUGCCACUUGAGUUCAAAACGCUGAAAAUGCUGCACAGCAAAGGAGCUCUGAAGUUGACGACUUCGAAGUGCGAAUCUUAAAGUGCUCUUCCUCGACAGAGUGCCAGUUCGUGACAUACACUGACACUUUGUUUGCGUUGCUAGAAAGCACACAAGGCUGUAAGACUGCUGAGUUGAUUAUGAAUAAUUGCAAAAGUAGUAAGUAAAAGUGAGCGUGCCUUUUUUUAAACUAACAAUGUAAAGGUACAAAACAAAGAAUGUAAUUGAAAAAGGAUUAGUCUAUCUAAAUGUCAGGUUUGGCAUUGUAAGCAUCAUGGCUGAGAAAUCAGGAAAUCAAUCCUUUGGAUGGAGCAUCAGAGACAACCAGAUUGAUUACAAUACCAUGGAUUUCUACAUUGGUCAUUACAGUAGUUGUCUAGUAGACAAAGCACAAAGACCAACUGCUAAAAGCAGCGGUGGACGCGGUGUGUUAGCGAUCACCUGCUGGGUGUCGACCAAUGGUUAGGAUUCAACAUGCGGAAUCGUCAGAAAAUGACAGUCCAAGGGGAUAUUCUGGUCAGAGGUAAUAGGACGGCCCCCAGCAAACAUUAACCCCAUUGGCCACAUGUGGGUAUUCGAUGGGCAAGCCCACGUCUGCCCGAAACGGGCUAGCCCACAACAAGUCCACAUCAGCUCAACACAGGCCAGCCCAACGCAGGGCUUUCCCACACCAGCCCAACGCAGGGCUUUCCCACACCAGCCCAACGCAGGGCUUUCCCACACCAGCCCAACGCAGGGCUUUCCCACACCAGCCCAACGCAGGACUAGCCCAUACCAGUCCACCUGAUCUUGGACACUGCCAAUGAGGAAGUUUUUAAAAUAAAAACUUAAAUGAGUGACAUGAGAAACUUGUGUUUCUGAUGUAAUGUAGCAAGGUCCCUAAAUACCUUUUUAAGGCUUGAAAAUUAUCAAAUGUAUGCAUUGAGUUGAAUUGUAAUAAAUAUAUAAUACAUAAAUAAAUGAACAUUUAAAUUAUAGAAUAAACUGAUAAAUUGGCAUAGGACCAAUACCAUGAGCUCAUAAUGGGCAGCUGAUCCAAAGGGAAUGCUUAUUUCAGGCUAAGUGAGGGUUGCCUUCACCAGAUAUGGUCUGCCCGUAAUGGGCCACACUGGGCCAAUGCCUUGGGAGCCAGCAAAGGUGUAUCCGCCCAAUGUGGGCAGCCAACAUGGGGCCAAUAUUUUUGCCCACAUCAUGCCAAUGUGGGCAUGUUCGCUGGGCCACCGCUGGUUUCAACCGUUUUCGUCGUCAUGGCGUGUUUUGUCAGUAGGAAAAAGCAGAGAAUACAGGUUAUGCUCAGUAAAUUAGAUUUUGGGAUAUAUAAAAAAAAAAAGAAUGUGCCCAGGGAAGUUGAUUCCAAAGAUCCCA